AUGGACCUCGCUUCCCCGUCCAUGCCUCCACCAUCGAUCCUCUUCGCCUCCUUGCUCCUCAUCUCGCAUCUGACGGCAAGAGGCCAGGCGCGGGCCGUUACGUUAACCCACACCACCACGGAUAGUGAUAUGCACCGGAGCUGCGCUUUCGAGCUGAACGGCAGCCAGUAUGAUUUGUGUUCCCUGGUGGGAUCGAGGAGGGUUGUGGAGGUACCGAGUGUCGAUGCCGAUAAGGAUAAUCGAGGAGAGGGAUCGAGGUUGAGCGCUUCCCGACGGUUGUAUGAAGUGACUCUGGGAGGACCGGGGCUUUCGGAUGAUCGGUCGGUGAUGACCCCUAAUAGAGAGGACACUGCCUGCGACGACGAAACCUGGGUCUGCAUGCUGGAUAUGACAUAUGCUCGAAGCGAAACUGCGAUUGGGGUCUCUGAGACUGAAUCGAGGAGCAGGUUAUUCCGGGAACUGCGGCCAAUCUCCAUUGCGAAGAUUGCGCAUGGGGCGAAAGUUAAGUUCACGCUGGAUGUUGAUAAAGAUGACGAGGGUCCUGUGCCCCGAACUUCGCCUUUACGGCUCUUUAUUGGAGGAGGUCGGGACGCUAAUGAUCGGCCACAAGUAAAGAUCGACCUGCUUUGCCACGAAGCGGAUGAGGUGACUUUCCUCGGCGAGGAGCGUGGCGUACAUUCAUUCAUCUGGGCUACUCCACAUGGAUGCCCCAUACGAUCAAGACGUGAUGGACAUUGGAAGGCGGCAAUGAUGGACGAAGAGGGAGACGAUACGACAAAACCUCCGUCUGACGAAAACGAAGGCGAUGGCGAUCUACUACCAAGUAACAAUCGGAGGUCGAGGCGGUGGAUAGCUGCGAUCAUCGUGAUCUCUGUGCUCAGCGCGGCUUGUGGCUCCAUCCUCUACUCUUCCGAACGUGCACGACGUUUUACCGCCGAGCAUGUAGCAAGCGCCGCGCAUGCAUUGACGCCUCUUCUCUCGAUGGCCGCCAUCAAACUACGACCAGUCGCACACCUUGUAAGCACAGUGACGACCAAGUCUAUCUCGCGACUUGGGACUCGCUUUCGAGUAGGCGACAGCCAGCUCGUGCAGUGGGCGGAAGAGGAUAUGGCACUCGACGAUUCAGAAGAUACGAUGGUGAACGGUGGAGGGGCUUACGAUCCCUAUGAACUGGAUCGGUGGCGCGGGGACGGGUUGGACGAGUACAUUCCGUUAACCAUCAGCCCGAAGUACGGUAGAGGAAGGCGAGCCCGCUCGUAUGGAUCAACGCCGGAUGUUGAGACGUUUGCAGAACGUGGAUUGGCAAGUGGAGGAAUCGGGAGAUUUUUCCACAAGUGA